AUCUAAAACAAACUCUCCUAACUGUUUUUACUUUUGAAAACUUCCAAAUCUCACUAACAAUUAUAAACAAUUAAGGUAGAAAACACACAAAAAAACAACACUAAACAAGAUCAAGAAGCUAUAGAUCCAUUUUAUGCAAUUUCAUGCAAUGGAGACAAGAUCUGCAAAACGCAAAAAAAUUGCUCAAAAACAACAAGACAACAAUGCCAAAACAACACCAUCCAAAGAUCUAAUCAGUGAUCUACCUGAUGAUAUUAUUCAUCAAAUUCUUCUUCUUCUUCCCAUUAAAUCUGUUGCACAAAUGAGUGUUCUUUCCAAAAGAUGGAAAUUUCUUUGGACAACUUUUCCUUACCUUGAUUUCACAACCCUUAAUCCAUUUCCACUUAUUUCAUCCAAAAGCCAUAAGAAAAAUUCAAACUUUGAAAAAUCAAGACACCCCUUUUCAUCAACAAGAUUGGAUUUCAUAACCCAAGUUUUAAAUCUUCGUGAUAUUAAAUAUAAAGACAUAAGGGUCCUCUGUUUUCGUGCAAGUUUGAGUUUUUCUUGUUUGAAUAGAUUGGUUCGUAAUGCCAUUAGGCAUAAUGUUAGAGAACUUGAUAUUGAAGUUGAAACAGAAUUUGAUUAUGAUAAUUUUUUCAACUUUCCUAGAUGUGUUAUUAGUAGUGAAUCAUUAAGCGUUUUGAAAUUGAAAUCGGGUUUUCGAUUGCCACCAUCGAAAAUUAUGAAAGAUGGGUUUCAAUCUUUGCAAACAUUGUCAUUAUCUCAAGUUAUUUUGUAUAAUCAACCUUCUCUUUUUGAUUUGUUCUCUGAGUCUUCAUUUCCUCUUUUGAGAAACUUGCACCUUGAUUUGUGCUUUGGAUUAACACAUCUUCGAGUCGCUUGUCGUGUUCUUGAAGAUUUGAGGUUGGAAAGAUGUUAUCAAUUACAAGGUUUGGAUGUUUCUUGUGGAAAACUUGUGAGAAUGAAAGUUGUGAGUUGUUUUGAUUCUUAUAGUGAGAAGACUUGGGUGAGAAUUAAUGUGCCUAAUGUUGAACAUUUGUUUUGGCAAUAUAAUGCUGUCACUGAUGUUACUGUUUUUGAGAAUUCAAGUUUUUUGCAUGAGGCUUCUAUUGGUUUGUUUAUGUUGAAGGAAGGUAAAGUUGAUUUGGAUAGGCUUCAAAGUGCAAAUACCUUCUUGUGUGGUUUGUCUCAUGUUCAUUCUUUGACUCUUCAAAGCCAAACUAUUGAGGUUCUAUCAAAUUAUAGCUUCUUUGUUCUUCCAUUUGAGAAUCUUAAAUCAUUAGAGCUGCGUACUGGUUUCAACAAAAGUAAUGUUGAAGCAAUAUCAUGCCUAUUUAGAAGCUCUCCUACCCUCCACACAUUGAUUCUUGAGAUCACUAACGAUUAUAAGAUUGAAAGAAAACAAUGGAAUAGGGACUUGUGGGACAUGAAUAAUACUGAAGAAGAGCAAUAUUGGGAAUCUCACAUACCAUGUUUGAAGUCUUUUCUAGAACACUUGAAAGUUGUGAAAAUUCAAGGUUUUCAAGAUUGUGCAAAUGAAGUAACAUUAGCUAAGUUUCUUCUCAAGAAUGGAAAGAAUUUGGAAGAAAUGAUAUUGUGCACAGGGCAUUCAAAUAGGAGAGAUACUCUUAGGAGACAAAAGAUAAGGUCACAAAUGAUGGGAUUUUCUUGGGCCUCUUCUAAUGCUAAAGUGGAAUUUCAAUAGCCUUAAUUGCUACAUAUAUAACAUAUGUUUUGUUUGGAUCUUCUAAAUUUAAUAGUCUUCACAUCUAUUGCACAAUAUAAUAUUCGUUGAUGCCGUGGAUGAUCUAGUUUCCAUAGAUCGCAAAUUAUUUAUUCAGUAACAAAUUUUUA